UUCUGAUUUCAUCUCUUCACAGUGCUUUUAAAUGUUUCAUAAAAUAACAAGGAAAGGUCAAAGGUCACCCGAGAGGUAAUUCAACAAGCCUACAAAAGAACAUUAUCUGUAUGGGUACGAUAAACAACAAAGAAGAAGAACUAAACACAAACUGAGAGUGUGAACCGAUCUGUACCACUAGAGUCACAUGUCCCUAUUCUGCACGUUGGACAAAGAACACAACUACCGACGGACAUCACGCCCUGAAACACGUCCUCCUCACGUAACGUGUUACUCAUCGUUACACUGACUCGAAUCAGAAGUGAUUUCCUGGACUGUUGCAUCAGUUGUUUACCGACAAUUUUCCGUGAGUUUGUUGCAUCAUUGCCAAUCGGUGUAAAUGGGUGACGGCUUUCCACAACACGCAAUCCGCACAAGCAUUUUAUUUUUUUAAUUCCCGCAAUUUUUCCCUCAGCUCACUUCCACACUUCCACUCAUCUUAAUCAUUUUUUACAAUUUUAUUCUUAAUUGUAAAUGUGUGAUGUCCGUGAGGUACAAGGGGGUCAAAGAAGGCGGCGUGACAUUGAAGAAAAGUCCUCUCCUCCCGCGCCCUCGUCUGAUUGGAGGAUGAGGAUCCCUGAAGGGUUGCGUCAUUUUUUUUUUCAAAAGAUGUUUUCUGUGGUUUUGGGCAACGGCUGAGAUGUGCACAAGAGUCACAAGGACUAAGCGGAGAGUGGGCGCCCCGGUCCCGUCACACAGGAAGCAUCCCUUCAAACAGGUGGGUAUUCAACUCCUGACCUUUAAAUUCAGAUACUGCAAUUUUACACAUAUGUUGUGUCUUGGGGGAGUUUUUCAUCGUUAUAGCUGUGUCUCUGUGGUAGUUAUCGGCAAACUUCAUUGGAAUUAAACGCUUUUUGACAUGGACACAUAUGCAAAGACACCCUACGUACUUCGUAUUCAUUGGCUCGAGUGUAAGUGAAAUGGGUUGACGAGGCUGCAGAGGCCGUGUGACGGGGUGACAGAAGGACACGGACCAUUUAGGGGAGAUUCGUCCAUUAGUUGCCGGUUGAAGGUAAGAUGCUUAACCAUACAAAAACGCUACAUUUACACGAGACCACAACGAAAACGACAUGUUUGAAAGCAACUUUUUUUCUUGAUGUCGCAACUUUUGUUCUGUGAGAAACUAAAGCAUUUGAGGGAGACUGAAAGCCAGUGUGAUGCAACAGUGUUAUAUGUUUUCUUCUUCUCUCCUUUAUCCAUCGCAUGAGCAGCUCAAACAUGCAGUUGUGUUCUUUAUAAGGGUUAGGCUAAGGGACCAUGCGUCAGGCUUUUUAUUUUACUGUGGUCUAAUCAUCAUUACGGUUAUUCUCAUUGAUUGAGGCGGUACAUUUCAUGAUCCCUGAUCCAUGUGUUAUCUUUGUUUCCCUUGAUCUCGAGGCUGACUGACACAGUGCGUCUGUUCUUUCAAUCCGACAGAUCAGGCUUCUAUCUUCUGAUGGAGGUUUUAUACAUCAACUCCUCCCUGCUCCUCGUCUCCCACAGACCCGUGAACUACACCGUCAGUGAGCUGACGGUGUACCAGAAAUGCAAAGACAUGCCCGCUGCUAUCGUUUGGUACCUGGGCAUGCAGUUCGUCAACAUGUUCCUGGGCAUCCCGGCCAACAUCAUGGUGCUGUGGCUCAUUCUAAGUAAAAAGGGGGACUCCUCCACCUCGGAUAUCUUCAUUUUAUACCUGGCGAUUCUAGACGUGUUCUUCUGUCUCACCCCUCCGCUCGAGGUGGCCAACAUAGUCCUCCUCACCCCCAGCAGCACCUGGUACGUCCUGCGCUUCUUCUACGGCAUCAAAGACACCUCGCCGCUCUUCCUCUCCUGCAUCUGCCUGGACCGCUACAUGGCCGUGGUCCACCCCAUCACCUUCACCGAGCUCAAGGACCGCCGCCACAGGGACGUCAUGGCCGCCGUGGUCUGUUUGAUCAUUCUGGCCUACGCCGGCGCCAAGUCCGCGGACGACAUCCCCAACUUCGACGCGGUCUUCACGGCCACGAUCCUGGCAGCGUUCGCCUUCAUGGUGUUCUGCAACAUCUCGAUCCUCUUGGUGCUGAGGCAGUCCGGGCCCGGCCGAGACGAGAUGCACCCGGUGAAGAAGAGAGCCUUCAAGAUGGUCCUCAUCAUCCUCGCUAUCAUAGUGUUCAACUACUUCCCACUCGUGGCACUGAUGCCGUUUAAGAGCUACUUCCAACCCGACGUGCUCUUUUGCUACGUCUACUAUGGGGCCUUCGGGAUGAUGAACUUCAGCAGCUGCGUUCAGCCGAUGCUCUAUUUGUCCAAGGAAAAGCUCCACUGCUGCCAGAGCGGCGCAACACAGCUGAAGUAGAGAUACGUGCUUUUCUUUUAAAUGUGACUGUUGUGAAAAAUAGGAGAAUAUAAGAUGUUCUUGUUUGAUGUUAUUAUUAAAAAGAUGCAUUGUGCAGAUGAGGGCUCAAUAGAUUAGUUCUUGCCUGUUUUGAGGAAGAAUGAUUAAAUAGCAUAUAGUUUAGAUGUGUAGAAAUUUCAAUAUUCUGUGCCAGGAAACGUUACUGAACAUUUCCUAAAAAGUUGACAUUCUGCCAUAAAGUUCCGGUUUAACCAAAGACAAAGACGAGACACUUUGAGGUUAACUUGAUGUUAUGUAUUCAUGCCAGUCAUGACAGUCUGGGUGGAGCUUGUCCAGGUUUAGAUAUACAAAGGCUGAAGAAAUCAAUCGACUGACACAUUUUGGCAUUAAAUAAUUGUUGAAAUAAAAAUAAAAAUAAUGCACGUUCUAGCUUUUGAAAUGGGCGGAUUAUCGCUUUUUGUCUUUAAAAAACUAAAAGCAAGUACAACUAAAUUCACAUCCAUCAUUCUCCAUUGUAUUGUGUAACUUGACACUUAGAAGACUUAGUAGAUUUGUCCCAAAUGUGAUUCAUUAUAGAGAAAACAAACAUUCAACUUAAUCUUCUGUUAAAGCGUGACUAUUUUAGUAAAAUAAACUGCAAAGACUAAAGCCAUGUGUGUGUGUGUGUCUGCUUGUGUGUGUG